AUGGGACGAAAGAAGAUCCAAAUCAAAACCAUCACCGACGAGCGCAACCGACAGGUCACCUUUCAGAAGCGACGAUUCGGACUGAUGAAGAAGGCGAUGGAGUUGAGUGUCCUUUGCGACUGUCAGAUAGGCCUUAUUAUCUUCAACUCCAACAACAAGCUUGUCCAGUACUCGUCGCAUGAUAUCGACCAAAUCCUUCUCCGAUACACCGAGUACAACGAUUCUUGCGAGACCUACACCAACAAAGAAUUCCUCAACCCAGCAGACAGCGGCAACAAGGACGAGGACGACGAAGACGAUGCAUUGUCCGUAGUAGGCGACGACAGGAGUAAACUCUCAGUUACACCGCAGCCCCAGUCAGUGACACCUCAGUCCCACAAUACCCCUGCUCAAGGACAUAUGCAAACACCCCCUCCUCCACACCAGCAAGCCAUGCAACAGACACCUCCUUCGGUCCCUUCGCACAUGCCUCGCAGCCCCUUCCAGAUCCCGCCUACAGUUGUCGUGCACCCUCAGCAGUAUGAUUCAAUGCAGUACCAGCAACAUCCACAGCAGCAACAGCAUCUGGACCCACAAUACCGCCCUCAACAGCAGUACGCACAACACCCUCAACACCUAGCCCACCAGCAAUAUCAACAACAGCAACAACAUCAACAACAACAACAACAACAACAGCAGCAGCAGCAGCAUCAACAGCAGCAGCAGCAGCUCUUUUUGCAGCAGCAGCAGCAACAGCAGCAGUACCAGCAACAACAGCAGUAUCAACAGCAACAACAACAGCAGCAACAACAGCAGCAACAACAGCAACAACAACAACAACAGCAGCAGCAGCAGCAGCAACACCUCCAAACGCUGCCUUCACAACAGCAACAUUCAUCUCCUCAGCCCCCUCGCCAACAAUUACCGUAUCAACAGCAGCCUCAGCCAAUGCAAACAAUGCAACAGCACGACCAGAUGGCAUCCCAGUCGCGCCCAUUCCAGCCUCAAUUUCAGACCCCUGUCGCACCAUUUUUGAACCGCCCCAUGUCGCAGCCUCCAAAUGGACAGGAACUUCAGCUCCCUAUGACCAGCACGCCCAUGUCGACGCCCAUGUCGAUCCCUAUGCAGCAACAGCCUCUCUCGCAAUCCGCUUCCCCUGUCUUGAGCCAUCAUAGCGCCAUGAAGACUGGUCAAUCGCCCAUGAACGGAGAAUCGCUCAUGAGUGACGGUUCGUCCAUUAUGACUUCGACACCACCAGGCGCCUCAACAGGAGCAACCUCGCCUGUGCUCAGUCCUACCAACGGAGUCAUCAAAAAGCCCAAGCUGGGAUUGCGAGUUCAAAUUCCAACAGAGGCCAAAGAGAACAGCACUCUUGCUGGAGCGAUGAUCAAGGAAGAAGAGUCGAGCGAGCUGCCACCUAUCCAAAAGCGACCCCUUGAGUCUGCGCCCAUGUCCUCAACACUCCCUUCGCAGUUCGCUAAAAACUUGCCAUCUCCCUCGACAUUUUAUCCAGAGUUCUAUGCUUCUCAAGCAGAGCUGAGCCCUAUUGUGUUUGGACAAACUCCUACGAGUGCGCAAGCCAGUUCAGCAUUCAACUGGCCAGUGCCUAGGGAGCGUGAGCUUUCCCGUGUUCACCAACCCAGUCCAUUGGCCAAGGGUAACAACGUGACCGUGGCUUCGGGUCCGACUUCGACAUCGGGAGAAGGUUCUUCGACAACGGGUUCAGGAACUGCAACAACUAAGGGAUCGAACUUGCGCAUUACAUCGACACCUAUCUUGACCCCGGCUUCGUCUUCCUCACCUUCGACCAACAACACUGGAUCAGGAGAUGGAUCUCCGGACGCUAACACUGCUCGGUCCAGAUCUUCCUCCAGCGACGGCAACGAUGGUGGCGAUGCCGGCCCAGCCACAAAGAAAGCUCGGAAAGCAUAA